UCCAUCAUCCAUGCCGCGCGAGCGCGAUAGCAACAGACGUGCUCGCGGCGCUCCUCUGAUGAUUCCUCUCCGAUCCGAAUCCGAUGUGACGUGUGACCGGUAACCACUAACCAGUGACCCGUGAGGCCGUACGUGACCAGUCUGCCCUCCUCUUCAUGCAUCUGCUGAUGUGAUGUGACAGUGGUUUGGUCUGGGCUUCAUCAACCUGCAGCUGGUGAUGGUGAAGUGGAUCUCGAUCUCACUGUUUAUGUGUUAUCCAUCCAGCCAUAUCAUUUGCCACAACGCAAGUGUUCAUUACUACUGAAUAACACACACGCAACGCAACUAACCAGAAUAUUCGCAGAGAGGGAUUUCCCAACCGUAUUCUACUCAGCUCAGCCCAUGUGUGCCUACUGCUGCUACUACGACUGUUUAUAUACCCACGGACUCUACCGAGCUUUCUUCACAUCACAUCACAUUGCCAAGAACAAGAGCUCCUCCUCCUGCUGCUGCUGCUCCUCCUCCUUGUCCUCCUCUGGGUGGUCACAACAAUGGAGAGCAAAUCACCCUCCACCUCAUGCGUCAUCAGCCCGGCGGCCACUCCCACCAUGUCAGCCGGCGAGAGCAGCUGGGCCAUGCACAUCGCCAACUUCCUGGCCUCCACGCCGCAGGACGGCACCAGAGUGACGGACGGUCAGCAACCCCCUGCAGUUCCUGGCGGCAGCGGCAGCAGCUUCUCCUCUUCUUCUUCCUUCGAUUCCUUUAGCGACGACGCCUCCUUCAUCACGUCCGAGUUCAUGUGCAACGACGACGAGGAUGACGACGAGUCCGUGAAGGACACCGCCUGCAGUUCUUCUGCAGCUGCCCAACAGAAGGCUACCAUGGAGAACUUCCACAUGAAGCAAAUGGCAGCCACCGAUGCGAAACAGUUCAACGACAGGCCCCAGCUCAUGGCCAAAUACUUGGAAGCUAUGAGUUCAAAGCAGCAGGUGACGACCGGCGCCGACCAUCAAGCCCCCAUCAGUAGUUCUAGCGCCGAGGAGAAGGCAAUCCACGAGAGCAAUGAGCUGAGGAAGAGAGGCCUUUGCUUGGUCCCUAUCUCUAUGCUGAUAAACUAUCUCGGAUGACUGUUUCUUUUAGUUUCAUGUAUACACCAGUAUAUUUCAAUGCAACUGUAUACAACUUCUAUAGUUAACACAAUACAUCACGCUCUUCUGUCA